CAUUCCGAGAACAGCAAAAUUUUGUAGCUAAUAGAGCACGUGGACACCAAAAAGUCUUAACUAUUAAAUUGAUAAAAACGUUUAAAACAAUAAUUGAACUAAAUAAAAAGUGGUGACAAAUGGAGACAGUACCUUCUGUGCACGCAUGUGCUAAGUAACCCUCAGAAACUAAAAUUCCGGUCGAGCUGUUUCAAAUCGAAUUCCCCAACCGCGACCCGCGACCCAUCAGUACGAAUCCGAACGCGGUAGGAGUGAGUUUUGGUUUUUACUUUUUUUUCUUUUUUUUCUUUUCGUUUGUUUUUGUUUUACGUUUUGUAGUAGAAUUUCGGUUUAUUUAUUAAGGUUAUUUUGAAACGGUUGUGAACAUUACACAUGUUUAUUUUAUCGGAUUUAGAUUAUACAUAAGGGUACUCACCCAAUAAAAACGAAUAAAAAGUAAAAAAAAAUAGACAUCAUUCUUUCGACUAAAACUACUACAUUAAAAGUAAUCAACAGAACACCAACUAAUUUAAGUGUACAGGAUAAGUUGUUUAUCUUAUAGACGAGUUUUUUGAAAAUCUUCAAAAAUUUCCACGAUUAAUUUGAAUAAAAUUAGAAAAGAAAAAAUAAUCAUGAUGUCCAACGGCUUAGAUUCCGGUGUCGUCGGACAACAGAAUGGCAGUAGUGGCAACAGUGUCGGAGGGGGACAGGAAGAGUCAAAGACUAAUCUCAUCGUCAACUAUUUACCUCAAACCAUGACACAAGAAGAAAUCAGAUCUCUAUUUUCAAGUAUUGGCGAAGUCGAGAGUUGCAAACUCAUUAGGGACAAAGUUACAGCCGGAGGGACAGUGGGUUGGCCAAACUCGAUAAAUUCACCAGAAAAAAUGGAUUCAGAAGUUCCCGGGGUUAUGACUAGUCCAUUGCUUACAGGGCAAUCCUUGGGCUAUGGAUUUGUGAAUUACCAUCGACCAGAAGACGCAGAGAAAGCCAUCAACACACUCAACGGACUGAGGCUUCAAAACAAAACGAUAAAGGUUUCUUUCGCCAGACCAAGUUCAGAAGCAAUCAAAGGCGCCAAUUUAUAUGUAUCUGGAUUACCGAAGAAUAUGACCCAACAAGAUUUGGAAACACUGUUCAGUCCGUUUGGCAGGAUCAUAACUUCUCGCAUCUUGUGCGAUAAUAUUACAGUACGUCAAUUUGUCUCGGGGGCCGGAGAAAAUUUGCCUGGUCUUUCCAAAGGAGUUGGCUUCAUCAGGUUUGACCAACGCUUAGAAGCAGAGAGGGCAAUUCAGGAACUAAAUGGUACCAUUCCUAAAGGGUCCACUGAGCCCAUAACGGUGAAAUUUGCAAACAACCCAAGUAAUAACAAUAAAUCAAUUCCUCCAUUGGCAGCUUAUCUUACACCGCAAGCAACACGUCGAUUCGCUGGUCCGAUCCAUCAUCCUACAGGCCGCUUCAGGUAUUCUCCGCUGGCUGGAGACCUGCUGGCUAACUCGAUGCUGCCUGGAAACGCAAUGAAUGGCUCUGGUUGGUGCAUUUUUGUGUACAACCUCGCCCCAGAAACCGAGGAGAAUGUCCUCUGGCAGUUGUUUGGUCCUUUCGGCGCUGUACAGAGUGUUAAGGUAAUUCGCGAUCUCCAAACCAACAAAUGCAAAGGUUUUGGUUUCGUAACAAUGACCAACUAUGAUGAAGCCGUCGUCGCCAUCCAAUCGCUGAACGGAUAUACACUUGGCAACCGUGUAUUGCAGGUCAGCUUUAAAACAAACAAAAGCAAAACAACCUAGAGCGAAGAGAAAUCGUAAGACACCAGCGCGUUCGGUGCACUCUGUCUCUCCUUUAUUUAUUUCUAUUUAUUCUUUGCGGUGAAUUUUGCCGCUAGAUUUUAGGCAAUUGACCACGGGGCGUGAAUAGGGUGCAACGGACUCGGGGGUGCCCCUGCCAGCCAGAAGCGCACCUCCCUGUAAUUUAAUAUUCUAUAGUACUUAAAAUACGAAGCUAGUCAGAAGUGCAUUCGCGUUUCCUAUAGCAAACAUUUAUAUAGUCUGAUGUUUUGUAUUAGUCAUUUGUAAUAAUUGUGCCAUCGCAAUUUACUUUUUGGUUUUACAUUUUUUCCAAUCGCCCUUCUAAAUAUUUUUCAACUUUUAGAUUUAUCCGAAUCUGAAUUUGUUACUUAAUUACAUAUUGUUGAUAGAUGUUUUGCUUGUAAUGGUACAUUUUCAAUCAGUUUUAUUUACAAAAUCACUUCACUGAUUAUUGUCCCAAAGAAUAUUGACUUAUUUUAACAGAAAAUAUAAUGAUGAAAAGUUUUGUUUGAGAUGAUAGUCCAUAGUAGUUUGUUUUUUUUAGACGACUAUUCAAAUUGACAUUAUAAUUGUGUAGAUAAAAAAAUUAAAUGCUAUCCGGUUUGUACAUGAGCAUAAGUCGCUCCAUUGAUAAAAAAGUGAUACAACUCAAAAUUCGAAAAAUUUGAAUCAAUUCCUUAAACUGCAUUCUAAACCAAAGAUAUUGAAAAUAAUAGUUACGUUUUACUUAAUGCUUUGAUUUAGAAUGCUGUUGAAGGGGUUAAUCAAAUUUUUUUGUCGAAUAUUUGAGUUGUCACUUUUGUAUGAGCGGGGCGAAAUGGUCCUUUAAUAAAAAUGUUUUUAAUGCAUCUGGAUCUUUUUCAGUUUAAUAAUUUUUUUUUAUAGGUAUUUUAAACAAAAUAACACUUUCUGGUAACAUUGUUAAAAUCAAACUUUUUUCACAAACUAUAGUAAAAUUUAUUGGUGAAUAUAUCUUUUUUUUGUUUAUAGUGUGCAAUGUGUGUUAAGAUGAUCGAUAGUCUUUGGGAGACGUUGAAUAUUAAUGAUUAUGCAAACUAUAAGAAUUGAGUUUAAAUUAAGUCUUUGUUGGAUCUCGUUAUGUACAUGGGAAAUACAUAGUGCCAUUUGUAAAACUGAUGGACACAAUUAGUUGUUAAGCAGUUGAAAAGAAUUGAAUUUGAAAGACUAUAGGAUGUUUGGGAUUGAUAUUUUUAAUUGUUAAAAGUAGAAAAGUAUUUAAACGGAUAAAAAGAUUAAAGAUGUGAAAGAAAAAGGUAAAAAGGCGUUUUUUUAUAGAAAUAUGAACCAAAGAUUCAUAGUUCUAUUAUAUUUAUGAAAUAAUCUUUAUAUUAUUUUGUAAGCUUAAGUUCAUUAUUUCAUGUCUUAUAAGUAGAGAAUUUAUGUAUUUGUAUGUAGAAAUUUUGUGUCUUUGUUUUAAUUCUCAGACUAGUCUCUCGCAACGGCCAAUCAAAGGGCGUAUUCUUAAUAUAUGUGUUGAUGUUUAGCGUCGUUGCGUACCUGUAUUGUGUUAAACGGAGUUGGCGGUGGUAAGGGCGCCAUCUCGCCUUGUGAUAGUGUACUUUACUAGGUAGAUGAUUGCUGAACAGACUGAUCGUGACUAACGAUUUUUGAAAUGGUGAUCGCCCCUACUACUCAAGAUUCCAAAUAUUUUCUCAUUUUGUGUGUUGUGUUUAGUUUCCUAGUUUUUU